AUGAUAUCUUUUAAUUUCUAUAAAGUAUGCUCUCUAGCUUCUUGCCUUCUCUUGUAUGUUCAGCUGCUUUCAUCAUCAAAUUACCUUCAAUUGGCUUCUGCUAGUUCUACUGGUGAGGCAGAGGCUCUUCUCAAAUGGAAAGCCACCUUUCAAAAUCAAACCCAAAACAAUCUGUCCUCAUGGGCUUACCCUCCCAGUAAUGCCACCAACAAUCCUCAAAUCCCGUGUACUUGGGCUGGUGCUUCAUGCAAUGCUGCUGGAAGUGUCAUCAAGAUAAACCUUACCGAGUCUGGUUUACAAGGUACGCUAAAUGCAUUUUCAUUCUUGUCCUUCCCUAAUCUUGAAUAUCUUGAUCUCAGCUUCAACAAACUCUUUGAUGCCAUUCCACCUCAAAUUAGUUACCUUUCCAAACUAAACUAUCUUGAUCUCUCUCUAAAUCAGUUUUCUGGGACAAUCCCACCAGAAAUCGGUCUCCUGAGAAAUCUUACCUUUCUCAGUCUCUCUAGGAACACAUUUUUGGGAGAUAUUCCCCACCAGAUGGGCAACUUGAAAUGUCUUGUGAAGCUAUAUUUGUCUAAGAAUCAACUGAAAGGUUCAAUUCCAGGAUCACUAGGUGAUCUAACAAGCCUUACCCAUCUUUAUCUCUUUGGAAAUGAACUUUCUGGUUCUCUUCCUAAGGAGAUAGGGAAUUUGAAAUAUCUUGUUCAUUUAAGGUUGGACAAUAAUCAACUCAAUGGUUCGAUUCCAAGAUCACUAGCUGAGCUAACAAGCCUUACCCUUUUUUUUUUACAUCGCAAUCAACUUUCUGGUUAUAUUCCUAAGGAGAUAGGGAAUUUGAAAUAUCUUGUGCAGUUAAGGUUGGGCAAUAAUCAACUCAAUGGUUCAAUUCCAAGAUCACUAGCUGAGCUAACAAGCCUUACCUAUGUUUCUUUACAUGACAAUCAACUUUCUGGUUCCAUUCCUAAGGAGAUAGGGAAUUUGAAAUGUCUUGUGUAUUUAAGGUUGGACAAUAAUCAACUCAAUGGUUCAAUUCCAAGAUCACUAGCUGAGCUAACAAGCCUUACCUAUGUUUCUUUACAUGACAAUCAACUUUCUGGUUCUAUUCCUAAGGAGAUAGGGAAUUUGAAAUGUCUUGUGCAUUUAAGGUUGGACAAUAAUCAACUCAAUGGUUCAAUUCCAAGAUCACUAGCUGAUCUAACAAGCCUUACCAAUGUUUCUUUAGGUCAGAAUCAACUUUCUGGUUCUAUUCCUAAGAAGAUAGGGAAUUUGAAAUUUCUUGUGCGUUUAAGGUUGGGCAAUAAUAAACUCAAUGGUUCAAUUCCAAGAUCACUAGCUGAUCUAACAAGCCUUACCUAUGUUUCUUUACAUCACAAUCAACUUUCUGGUUCUAUUCCUAACGAGAUAGGAAAUUUGAAAUAUCUUGUGCAUCUAUUUUUGGGAAGUAAUAAACUCAAUGGUUCAAUUCCUGUUUCAUUUGGUGACCUCAGCAACUUGGAAAGCUUAUACCUAGAGCAUAACCAACUUUCCGGCCCCAUUCCCCAAGAGAUUGGGAAUCUCAAAAAGUUGAGACUCUUGCUUUUGUAUAAAAACCAAUUUUCUGGUUAUUUGCCCCAAAAUAUUUGCCAAGGUGGAAAACUGGCAUACUUUAUAGCAAGCAACAACCAUUUCACUGGUCCAAUCCCAAAAGGCUUGAAAACCUGCAUGAGCUUAGCCCGACUUCGUCUUCAACGAAAUCAAUUGACAAGCAAUAUAUCUGAGGACUUUGGAGUUUAUCCAAAUCUUAAUUUUAUAGAUGUAAGCCACAAUAACAUGUACGGUGAAAUCUCACAAAAUUGGGGACAAUGCCCACGGUUGGCAACUCUACAAAUGGCAGGAAACAACAUUACUGGAAGCAUACCACUUGAGAUAGGCAACGCAACCCAAAUUCAUGUGUUGGAUCUGUCUUCAAAUCAUUUAGUUGGGGUGAUUCCAAAGGAAUUCAGGAGACUGGCUUCUUUGGUGAAGUUGAUGUUAAACGGAAAUCAACUUUCAGGUCCUAUACCCUCAGAAUUUGGAUCCAUGACUGAUCUUGGAUAUCUUGACCUAUCAACAAACAAAUUCAAUGAGUCAAUUCCGAGCAUUCUAGGUGACUUGCUCAAAUUAUACCAUCUGAAUUUGAGCAACAACAAAUUAUCUCAACCAAUCCCACAUCACUUGGGGAACUUAGUUCAUUUGACCAACCUUGAUUUUAGUCACAACUCACUUGAAGGUAGGACACCAUCAGAAAUGAGCAACAUGCAGAGUUUGAUGACGCUCAAUCUUUCCCACAACAAUCUUUCGGGUUCCAUACCAUCAACUUUCAAAGAGAUGCGCGGUUUGUCGAACGUUGACAUAUCCUACAAUCACUUGGAAGGUCCCCUUCCCAACAUCAGCGCAUUUCGAGAAGCUCCGUCAGAACAGUAA